AUGCCGUCCAAAUUCUUCAAGAACCGCAGGGUCUACCUACUGACUAGCGUUGCCUACAUGGGCUCGCUGCUGUUCGGUUAUGAUACAGGAGUAAUGGGCAGCGUCCUCGCGCUCAAGGCUUUCAAAGAGGACUUUGGCUUGCCAACAGACUCAUCCGGAUUCUCCGACUCGAAGAAUGCAUCAGUAUCAUCGAACGUUGUAUCGCUUCUCACUGCCGGUUGCUUUUUCGGGGCGAUCGGAGCCGCCUGGAUCAACGAACGCUACGGUCGACGGUUGUCUCUCAUGGGCUUCUCUCUCGUUUUCCUCGUUGGCGCCGCGCUUCAGACUGCCGCCCAUCAUGAGAUCGGCAUGAUUUACGCUGGUCGCGUCAUCGCAGGUCUCGGUAUUGGAGGAAUGUCAGCCAUUACUCCUGUCUUCGUCUCGGAGAAUGCUCCGCCAGCUAUUCGAGGACGUAUCGCGGGUCUCUUCCAGGAAUUCCUGGUCAUUGGUAGUACCUUCGCUUACUGGCUGGAUUAUGGAGUUGCACUCCACAUGCCCGUUUCAACGAAGCAAUGGAGAGUCCCGGUAUCAAUCCAACUCAUCCCAGGUGGUUUCAUGUUGAUUGGGCUUUUCUUCCUCAAGGAGUCUCCUCGGUGGUUGAUGUCAAAGGGUCGGCAAGAAGAAGCUGCGGAAUCCCUCGCGUUCAUUCGCUGCGAGCAACCGGACAGUCCUGAGCUUCUGCAGGAACUAGCGGAGAUCCGUGCUGCGGUUGAGGAAGAGCUCAAUAUGACGGAAGGUAUCACCUGGAAGGAGUGUCUCCUCCCCGGCAAUCGAUACCGGUUCAUCACUGGUUUUGUGCUCAUGUUCUGGCAGCAAUUCAGCGGAACAAACUCAAUCGGUUACUACGCACCUCAAAUCUUCCAGACCAUCGGCGUAUCCGCGUCCAACGCUUCGCUUUUCGCAACGGGUAUCUACGGCACUGUUAAGGUCAUCACCACGGGUAUCUUCCUUAUAUUUGGAAUCGACUUCGUUGGCCGAAAAUACUCGCUCAUGGGUGGCGCGGCAUGGAUGGCGGCUAUGAUGUUCAUUAUUGGAGCUGUUCUCGCGACAUAUCCGCCAAACCCUGACUCUGGCUCGGUCUCGUCACCGUCCAUUGCCAUGGUGGCCAUGAUCUACCUUUAUGUCAUCGGAUACUCGGCUUCAUGGGGCCCUGUUCCGUGGGUUUACCUAUCGGAAAUCUUCCCAACGCGACUUCGUUCGUACGGUGUCGGAAUGGGAUCAGCGACCCAGUGGCUAUUCAACUUCGUCAUUACCAAGAUUACUCCAGCAGCUAUUAAUCAUAUUGGCUGGAAGACCUUCAUUAUGUUUGGCGUCUUCUGCGCUUCCAUGGGUAUCUUCGCAACAUUCUUCAUCAAAGAGACGAAGGGAAAGACUCUUGAAGAGAUCGAUAUUCUGUUCGGAGAUGUGACAGCAGAGCAGCGUCUCCAGGAUGUCGAGGUGGGCAUGAAGGAAGAACAGCGGAAGCACUCGGUGAAGUACAUGGAGGACGCCCCCGAACUGGAGAACAAGGCAGGAAAGGAGUAA